AAUAAGCUCUCAUUUAUUAGUGGGAUAAUAAAGUUUUUGACCGCAUUUAUUAUUUUUCUCAAAAUAAAUUUAAUUAUAUUAACAUAGCGAUUAACUAUUGAACUCUAACGGAGACUCUAAGACUCAAAUUUCUAACUUCAAAAGACAAUUACUAGUGAUCUUUAACAUAAAAGAGACUAAGACGGAUGAAGAGGCCCGCAAAAAAUAAUCACCUCUCAUUUGGUAAUUACCCAAAGUUUAAAAAUAAUUAUUGCUGGUGACAUGUGUGGAUAAUAAUAUGGUGUUAUGAUUGUACCUGAUAUUUACUCAAUUGUGAGAGACCAAGUUGAUGACAGGUCUACUUUGUUUGCAUGCAAACCUCCACCUGUAACAUGCAAUCGUUAAGUCUUUCUUCAACACGUGUAAUUUCUACGCUGUCUCAACCUUAUCAAUCACCACCAUGGCCAUCCAGGGAAGUAUAUGCACGUACACCCCACGACUGAAGCAGAAGUUUCUGCGUUCUGCCCCCUCUCUCUGUCUCUCUCAUAAAGUUCCCAGUAGUUUUCUUAUCACGUCAAAGUUUCUGUUCCGUUUCUAGCCUAAAAUGAGUCAGCAGCAACAACCACGGAGACCCCAAGGUGUGGAAGAACCCAUCAGAUACGGUGAUGUUUUUAACGUCUCCAGUGACUUGUCUUCGACAACCAUAGCACCACAAGAAGUAGCCACCAUGCAAUCAGCUGAAAACAUAGCUCUUGGAGAGACUACAAAGGGUGGCCCUGCCUCUGUCAUGCAGUCCGCAGCCGCGGCGAACGAGAAGACCGGUCUUGUUGGCCACGACGAUGUCACAAAUAUGGCCGUAGAUCAGGGCGUUACUGUAGCCGAAGCUGAGGUCGUCGGUUACCGUAUUGUCACUGAAGCAGUCGGUGGACAGGUUGUGGGACAGUAUGUUGACGCAGGACCAGUACUGGGAAUGACGAGUCCAGCAUCUGCACCAGGCCGUGAUGCCAUCACCGUUGGAGAAGCUCUGGAAGCAACCGCUUUGGCGGCAGGUGACAAACCAGUCGACCAGGGUGACGCCUCAGCCAUACAGGCGGCGGAGGCUAGAGCUACCGGCCUUGGUCAAGUAACCCCUGGCGGUGUAGGUGCAGCCGCUCAGUCUGCAGCCUCAUUCAAUGCACAGCUUAUCUUCGACGAAAACAAGACCAAGCUCGCUGAUGUUUUGGCAGAUGCCACCACGAGACUUCCAGAUGACAAGCCAGUGACCAGAGAAGAUGCUCAAGGUGUUAUUGCUGCCGAGAUUCGGAAGAAACCCGACAUGGCUACCCAUCCUGGUGGUGUGGCGGGGUCAAUGGCAGCUGCUGCUAGGCUCAAUCAGGAGAAGUAACGGGAGAGAAAGUAAAUAGGCUUAGGAGAUAGUCGAGUAUGGGUGUAGUCUAUACAUUAAACAAGGAUGUGAUAAAGUUCUCUGUGUCUGUGUGAGUGGAUCAAUUUCUGUUUCUGGUACCUAUUCUAUGCUAUGUAUUGUAUGAAUCGUAACAUAAGGUUAUGUUUUUGGUACAUUGAUGUUUUAACUGCAUCAUUUUCCAGCCUGAACAUGGUCGAUCACAGGGAACUCUUCCAAGUUUCAAGAUCAGAAAUAGAGACAAUACCAAUCAUAGUGUUUUAUUUCUAGGAUAUAAGAGUUCGUUAUGUAUGUACAUACUUGGUUGGUUCGUAUUGACACUACCUAUUAUUAUCCCCUAAAUUUUAUAAGUUUC